AUGCCCAAGAGACUAAGCAAAGAGUAUUCCAGCAUAAAGCCCACCAAUUGGAAGGGACUACCGUCUGCUUCAGGUGAGCCAGGCAUCUUCGACGACACCCCAAAGUCCAAGCCCAAGAAGAAGGGUAUCUACAUCCAUGGAGAGCCAACAAGCAACCCAGACGUGUUCGGCAGACUGUUGAAGUACGGGUACUCCGACACUCCCCAACUCGAUAACGAUAACGACGACGAGUUUGAGAGUGGACUCAUCAAGAUCGACGAGUUGGAACUCCCCCAGUCCCUGAAGUUGCCGCCAUUGACAGAACCCGAACCACAGGUCGAAUUGCCGUCGUCUUCCAGCGACGACCAGGACGAGCCUGGAGAGCUUACGGUGCAGCUGAUCGAGGGUGUGGUACAGCGGCUCAACAAGUACAAAAGCUCCCAGAUUGACGUUAUCAAACAGAAGUUUGAGCAACAUAAGUUCCCGGCUCCAAUCGUGUCCAAAAAGGCGCUUUUGAAGCGGGCAGGAGCCCACACAGGCAUGAUCUCCAAGAUGUUGAAGGGCAAGUGUGAAGAUUCCCACUACUACAACUUGGCCAAGAAGCAGCACCAGGUGUCGGACCAGGACACCAUGUCUAGCACCGAGAAGUGGAACAUUAACUGGGAGAUCUUCUACGGUGGCUACUACGGGAUCAAGCGCCAGCUGAUCAUCGGAAACAUGAUAAACAAGCAGUUCCAGAGAAACCUACGGUCAGCAGCGAAAAAGAACCAGACUGUCUCCUACUGGACCACGUCUGCCUUCUCGACGUAUGUGCUAGCGAACGAGAUAAUUAUCCGGUUGGUGAUGGAGGACACCGGCUGUGGUAUCGACGAAGCAAUAGAAUUAAUGCACCAAAGCAUCGAGUAUGGUCUAAUAGUGGCCGACUCGAUCGACGUGGAUGACGAUGUCGAGCUAGAAGGCAGGGAGUCAGAAGUGGACCACAAGAAAGAGGACACCAAAGACAUUGAGGGCGACAACAGCGACAAUGAAGGGCCUGUGACGAAAAAGCCGAAGAUGACGCUCAUUGACGAGUUGGUCAAUGAUGUGAGCUAG